AUGGAUUUGCCAGGGUCAUCCAAGCUCCACCUGUUCCAGGAACGAGACAACCAUGGAUGGGCUCUUAUCUCCAACUUCACACCAGCAUUCACAAUGGCCGCCGAGUCCUGCUCCAUGCCCUCCAACUUUGGCCGUGGUGCCUACGAUACCACUGGCCUCCCCAAGCCUCCUCCUCCUCAGCCUCAGUAA